AUGGAGGACGUUAAGGAGUCCCCGGUGGUGCCCCGCUCCUCGUCCUUCAGCAUCAAGAGCCUGCUGCUCCCCUGCAGGAGCGAGCCCUCUCCGGGCUGCGAGUCUGACAAGAGCCCCGAGCCUCCAGAGGCAGAUCCCGCGGCCAGCGCCGCGGAGCCGGACCGGACUGAGCCAGAGCCCGGGGAGGAGGACGAGGACACCGGCGGAGCCAAAGCUCCGGAGCUCCCCCCCAGCGGCACCGGCGCCAAGAACGGGAAAUAUGACAAACCUCCGUUCAGCUACAACGCGCUCAUCAUGAUGGCCAUCCGCCAGAGCCCCGAGAAGAGGCUCACGCUCAACGGAAUCUACGAGUUCAUCAUGAAGAACUUCCCGUACUACCGCGAGCACAAGCAGGGCUGGCAGAACUCCAUCCGACACAACCUCAGCCUCAACAAGUGCUUCGUCAAAGUGCCGCGGCACUACGACGACCCGGGGAAGGGAAAUUACUGGAUGUUGGACCCGAGCAGCGACGACGUGUUCAUCGGAGGCACCACGGGGAAACUGCGGCGGCGCUCCGCCACUUCCCGGGGUAAACUGGCCAUGAAGCGCGGACUGCGCUUCGCUCCGCUGGGACUGGGGCUGAACGAACGGCCCAACAACCCUUUGUACUGGCAGCUCUCGCCCUUCCUCUCCCUGCACCAUCACCCGCACUACAACGGCUCCUCACCCGGCUUCCUUAACCAGGCUGCGGGCUACGGCUCGCUGCUUCCCGCAGUGGAACAGUUGGGGAACGGGGACCUGAGCCGCUCUUUGCCUCUCGGUUUAACGAACACUUACGGCAUGAGCACGUCCCCGGUGGGGCUGCUUUCGGGACAGACGGGAUACUUUGUCUCAGGGAGCGGGCACGCCGGUGCCCCGGGACCUCCGGGUGGAGGGGGCCAUCCGCCUCCGCCGUCCCACCUCCAGCAGAGCGGCCCGGGCUUCGGCCUGAGCAGCGGCGCGGCCCCGCAGGCUCUGCUCUCGGACUCUCUGAGGAACAGCUCUCUGCCGCCCUUCAGCCCCGCGGUGUCCUCCGGUUUCCCCGGGGUCCUGUCCCACCAGAAGAGAGUCACCCCCAACGCCUUCCUAAACUGA